AUGUUACAGCUAAUCGCGAUUAUUAUUAUUUUUUACUCUUGGUCUUUUUUGAAUACAACUACACUAGUUAAUAAGGCGACGAUUGUUGGACGUGUUGGACAGGACGCCGAAAUCAACAAGGUCGGUGAUCGUACCGUCGUCAACUUUUCAGUAGCCACGUCCGAGACACGGAAGGAUGAAGAAGGCAAUCUGAUCCAGACGACGCACUGGCACAGGAUAGUCUCCUGGGAUCAGUUCAGGAACCCCUAUCUGAGCGAGAGGGUUCAUAAGGGCGACUUGAUUUAUGUCGAGGGACCGAUCCAUUAUAGGGCUUACACCGCAAAGGAUGGCACGGAGAAGCAUCUCACGGAGAUCACCUUGAGUACGUGUUGCCGUAUCGUGGUUCAUGGGAUGUGCUGUUAUUGUCAACAUUGCUGA